CAGCUGCUGUGUGUUUGUUUAUGUCCUUCAUGUUGUGAUAUUUAUGUGAUCUUUAGAUGUUGAAGAUGAGUUUGCAGGUGGAUCUGAUGUGCUGUAAAUCAGUAGGAACUGAUCUGUCCAUGCUGGAUAUUGAUGAUUUCAUGACAGAAAUCUCUCAGCUGAAGAAAGAGGUGGCGUUACUGGAGGCAAAGCUGAGGGAAAGAGGAGAUCCACUGAACGGAGAGGAGCUGGAGAAGGUUUCCUGUCAAUCUUCAGUGUGUGUGACUGAUGGGACCUCCACAGAAUGUCAGGAUUCAGUGUGGAGCGUCAGAGAUCAGAGAUCCAGAGACACACAGGACUCAGAGCUCAGCCUCACUUUACUCUGUUAUACUGACGCUCAGGAGAGUGUGUGUGACAGUAAUCAGGGUGAUCAAACCUCCACAGAGUCUCUGGCUUCUGUCUGUAACGCUGGAGAACAGCAGAUGCUGCAGAUACCAUUGAAGAUGUGUUCAGUGAAGCUGCUGGACUGCAGGAACCUGAUGGAGAUGAGAGGAGAAACCACAGCAGAGGAACAGCAGAGUGAUGAAGAUGAUUUUAUUCAACAUGACAAACACGAUGAAGAUGAUAAUGAUUUUCUUCCUUCAGAUGCAAACAGUGUUUCAUCAUAUGAUGGAGAAAUGGCUUCUACAGCAAAAGCAAGACAUGAGGGAAGAGUGCACAGAGAAAAGAAGAUUUUCCAGUGCAGUGAGUGUGACAAGUGUUUCAGCCUCAAAGCAAGUCUUGUUGCUCAUGAGAGAAUACACACAGGGGAGAAACCGUACAAGUGUCCUCACUGUGAGAAGAGAUUCAGACACGGGGCACAUCUGAAGGCACACUGUGUCCGUUUGCACACCAAUGAGAGUCCGUAUCAGUGCAGUGAAUGUGGGAAAACAUUUGUGCAUAUAAAUUCUCUAAAGUCACAUCAGGAAAUACACUCCGAGGAGAAACCCUAUCAAUGCUCCCAAUGUGAUAAACAAUUCCGUAAAAAAUCUCAUCUGACUGUCCAUGAGAGAAUUCACUCCGGAGAGAAACCUUACCUCUGCUCUCACUGUGGAAAGAGCUUUCCUAAUUCACGUCAGUUCAGAGUUCAUGUAAGAGUGCACACGGGAGAAAAGCCUUAUCACUGUAGUGUUUGUGGAAAGAGUUUUAGUCAAUAUGCCCACUUAGUAAAACACCAGAGAACACACACUGGAGAAAGACCUUACAAAUGCAGUCAGUGUGACAAAACGUUUGCUCGAUCAGAUGUCCUGAAAACCCAUCUGAGAAUGCAUACAGGAGAGAAACCUUACAGCUGCUGUAUCUGUAGGAAGGAAUUUUCUCAUUUAAAAAGUUUUCAUACUCAUCAGAAGAUACAUGCUAAAAAGCAAAUUGCCCUGGAAUCAUUGUAGCAUCUUUUAAUGCCUCAGUUUGUGAUCUGUGAAAAAGCCUCGCCCCCCACCACCCCAACUACACCAUCAUAUUGUUUGGUUUCAUAUUGUUUGGUUAAUGACAUGCACUGAGGAGCCAAAACAUUAUGAUCACCUGCCUAAUGUGCUGUUGGUCCUCUGCAUCCUGCCAAAGCAGCACUGAUCCACUGAGGCAUGGACUGUACAAGACCCCUGAAGGUGUCCUGUGGUAUCUGGCACCAAGACAGUAGCAGCAGAUCCUUCAAGUCCUGUUAGUUGCGAAGUGGAGUCACUGUGGAUCGGACUUGUUGGUGCAGCACAUUCCACAGAUGCUCAAUCGGAUUGAAAUCUGGGGAAUUUGAAGGAAAGGGCAACACCUUUGAAGGCCACUGCCAUCAUGGAAUACCAUUGCCACGAAAUGGUGUACCUGGUCUGCAAUGAUGUUUAGGUAGGUGGCACGUGUCAAAUUGAUGUCCACUUGAUUGGUCAGACCCAGGGUUUCCCAGCAGAACAUUGCCCAGUGCAUCACACUCACUACCAGCUUGUCAUCUUCCACAGUGCAUCCUGGUGCCAUCACUUCCCCAGGUAAAUAGCGCACAUGUACAUGGCCAUCCACGUGAUGUAAAAGAAAACCGGACUCAUCGGACCAUGCAUGCUUCUUCCACUACUCCAAGGUCUAGUUCCGAUGCUCGCGUAUCCAUUGUAGGAAUUUUCGAUGGUGGACAAGGCCAAGGGUCAUCAUGGGCACUCCUUACAGUUUCAGAGAUGCUCUGACCCAGUCAUUUCACCAUAACAAUUUGGUCCCUGUCAAAGUCGUCAGGUCUUUACUCCUGCCCAUUUCCCCUGCAUUCAACACGUUAACUACGAGAACUGAUUGUUCACUCACCUUCUAAUCUACCCAGACCUUGACAUGUGACCUUGUUAGGAGAUGAUCAACAUUAUUCACUUCACCUGAAAAUCAUUAUGGCAGAGUAUGGUCGUGGUCAAUGCUGGACUUGACCCAUCGACUUAUUUUAUAAUGCAUGGAACAUCUCCUGUCACACAUGUCCCUGUUGCUGACUUGUGAAAUGGAUCUGUUUUUCAGCUGUAGUCCCUGGACAGGAAAAGUAAAUUACAAAUAGCAUCAUUAAAACAUUAGUCAAUAAACAACAAACAAAAACAUAGCACUCAAAGUAAAAAUACAUUACAAAUAUCAAAUAAAUCAUAUUACAUGUGUAAAUAAUUGAGCUACUUAAUAAGAAGGUGCUAAAAAUUAUAGUAAUUACCAGAUUACAAGUUAUUCAAUGUUUGCAAGUUUGGAUUGUUGUUUGCCAUAUUUUCAGAUGUAAGUUACAUUGUGCAAGAGUAGGACAUUGUCUUAUGUUAGUUGGUAACGUAUUCCAAAUAUUGACAGCUCUUAUAGAGAAAGCUGAACAACCAAAGUCUGGGACUUCUACCUUCUUUUUGUUACUAAAAAACAUGCAUGCUGUUUUCUGAACGUUUAACGUAAGACAGGACUGUGUAAGCCAAUCAAAUAUUUUAGCCAUUGCAGAUGAUAUCUUGAACACCACCUGUUCACUAGUUUUGGCAUGUACAUAAAUCACAGUAUUGUCUGCAUACAUUUGAAAAUGUACAUCCGGACAGGGAUGUGGAAAAUCGUUCAAGUACAAACUGAUGAGUUGGGGCCCAAUGUAGACCCCUGAGGGACCCCAGUUCAACAAUCUCUUAAGGAGGUUAUAUAUGUUUCAACCCUGUUUUCUCAUUGUCAAACACGAUUCAAUCCAUUUAUUGCAUCAACUGACAGAUUAAACGUGAUAGUUAUAUAAAAGUAUAUUAUGGUUCAGAUGGUGUCAAAUGCCUUACGUUGAUCAAGGAACAUGGCACCUACAACUCCACCCAUGUCUAAUUUUGACCUUACUUGCUCAAUAAAAUAACAAACAGCAGUUUCCGUUGAAUGAUGUUUGCGAAACCCGAAUUGCGUGGGAAACAAUUAGUUGUGUGUGUUAAGAAAAUUCGUAAGUUGCUCUGUUACUGCCUUUUCUGCUAUCGUGGAAACUACUGACAGAAUUGAAAUAGGCCUAGAGUUGACAGCACUGGUUGGUUCAGUGUCCUUGAAAACUGGAGUAAUUACCCCGGUUUUCCAGCAGUUGGGAAAUAUACAUUGUCUGAUGAAGAGAUUUACAAGAUGGGUGAUAGGAGCUAAAAGUCUAUUUAUUAUUUUUCAGUCUAAGCCAUCAAUAUCUUUGGCAGUAGCAUUUUUAAAGGAUGUUAAGAUGUUAUAAAUUGUAUGCUCAGUGACUGUUGUUAAGUGAAAUGCAGGAUGUGCCAGGUUGGGGAGAGUCAUUUGUUUAAUUCUCAUUCCAGAGUCGACGAUGUAGUUAUUAAAUAUGUCUGAAAUUUUAUCUAACUCAUCAGUUAUUCUUCCUUGAAAAUAACUUGUGCCGAAGUGGCACAGCUGCCCUUGGUUUCCGGAGCUGGUGGAGCUGUCUGAGGCUCCUCCGUUGAGGAAGGACCUGCUCUCACAGGUGUGAUCAACAAGGCACGAUUUGAAACACUUAAAAUGUUCAUGCU